AAUCACAUCGCUCCUUUGGGGAGGGGGGAAUUAGAGCCCCCGUCCCACUUCCGGUUUGGAAGCCUUGGGGGAACCUUCCUGGGCGUCGGACAUGCCGUCACUUCCUGCCUGCGGGAGCCAAUCAGAGCGCUGCUUUCGCUCCCAGCCGCUUCUCUUGCCUUCUUGGCUCUUUCGACCGAGUAGUUUCAGUUCCGGGCUGAAGCCGUUGACGACUCGCUCUCUUCGGUCCUUGUCGGCCGCAGGUGCCUCGCGUCUUCCCCGGCAAAAGGGGCUCCAGCUUAGGCCGAUGGAGGAUUCCGAAAACCAGACCGAGGUGAUCUUGCUGGCGUGCGGCUCCUUCAACCCCAUCACCAACAUGCACCUUCGGCUUUUCGAAUUGGCAAGAGAUCACCUGCAGGAAACAGGGAAAUACAAAGUGGUCCGAGGGAUCAUUUCGCCUGUGGGGGACGCCUAUCUGAAGAAGGGCCUGGUCAACGCCAGUCACCGGGUGGCCAUGGCAAGACUCGCAGCGGAAAACUCGGACUGGCUGGAAGUCGACGACUGGGAAAGCAACCAAAAGGAGUGGCAAGAAACCAUCCAAGUCCUCAGAUAUCAUCACCAGAAGCUGAAGCAUUCCUAUUCUGCCAACAGUGUGGAAGAUGCCCGUCUUCCAAACAGAACAACCCGGAAAAGAAAGAGGGCAGCUGUGAGCCAACUCCCUGUUAGAAUGAAUCAACCCAAACGAAAAUGCCUCCCCCAGCUGAAGAUUCUGUGUGGAACAGAUGUUCUGGAAUCCUUCGCAGUGCCCAAUCUCUGGAAGCCGGAAGAUAUCCAGGAAAUCGUUUCGAAGCAUGGCAUGGUUUGCGUUACCAGGCUGGGGAACCACGCCCAGAAGUUCAUCUACGAGUCGGACACGCUGUGGAAGCACAAGGAGAACAUUGACCUGGUGGAGGAGUGGAUCACCAACGACAUCUCGGCCACCAAGAUACGGAGAGCCCUCAGGAGGGGCCAGAGCAUACGGUACCUGGUGCCUGACUCCGUCCAGUCCUACAUCAAGCAGCACAAUCUGUACACCGCAGAAACCGAAGACCAGAACGCAGGGGUCAUUUUGGCUCCUUUGCAGAGAUACGCGCAGGAGCCCGUCAAAGAUUGAUUGGCACAAGGAUGGAGUGGGGAGAGAGCAGGAAUAGGGGGCAGCUUGGCAAGCUGGCUGCGGUUUUAGCUGCUGUCUCCCACCUGGUGGAAUCCCAUUGCAUGCCCGGUUUGAAUUUUGCAAAGUGACCAGCUUACCAGCCCAAAUAACCACAGAUUCCUGGUUUGUUUUGUGACUUGCAGAAAACUGGUGAACUCAACACUGAGCUUCUGCAAAUGAAAUAAAGAGGUUUAUGGAGUGACAGCAAAGCCCAUUUGGCAAGUAGCUCUGGUUUCAACCAGAACUGGUGCCUCUGGGAAGCCACAGAUACGGCUCGGCUUUGAAUCGAUGGCUGACACCACUGCGCGGCGGUUUGUACGUGAGCCUGAGGCCUGCUUCUCAUUUCUUAGCCCCGAUGAUGUCCUGUUUUUUUAGCCCUUGCUCCAGUUUUGGGAGGCAGUGAGAGACGGGGGCUCCGCAAAGAAGUGGAGGGGUGCUAUUAAAUGGGCCAGAUUUUCUUUCCCUAAAAAUGAAUUUACGUGAAGGCCUAUAUCAGUGAUGGCGAACCUUUUUGGCACCAAGGGCCCAAACCGGAAUGCGCGUGAAUGUACGAGCGUCAGAGUGCCGGAAAUCCGAAGACCAGCUGGCCGGUGCACGUUUGCAUAAUGGAAAACCGAAGACCAGCUGUUUGGUGCAUGCAUGCCUGUUUUUUUGCCGUUUUCCAGGCCAUUUUGGGGGGGGGCGUUUUCAGGUUGUUUUAGGCCGUUUUCGGGCCAUUUUUCGGGUCGUUUUCAGGUCAUUUUUGGGCUGUUUUCAGGCCUUUUUUGGGCUGAAAACGGCCCAGAAAUGGCGUGAAAACGGCCCCAAAACAGCCAUUUUUUGGGCCAUUUUCUGGUGCUCUAGCACCUGCAGAUACCAGCUGUCCGGCACGCCGGAAACCAAGAGCAGCUGGCAAAGGCUCUUGUGCCCACAGAGAGGGCUCAGCGUGCCACUUCUGGCACUCGUGCCAUUAGGUUCGCCAUCAUGGGCCUAUAUCUUUAGAUAAUU